AUUCUAGAUGAUUUCAGAAGUUCAUUGACUCCUAAGAUUGUAGAGGCUUUAAUUUGUAGCUCGGAUUGGAUUCGAGGUGAUUCUGCACCACCAUCAAUCGAGGAGGAUCCAGAAGAGGUUGAGAAAAUAGAUGAAGAAUUGGACAAGUUGAUGAAUGCAAUCUCUAUAAGAGAUAAUCUAGUUUCAUCUACCUCGACUUCCAAUGUACCGAGUGGGAGGAGGAACGAUGGCAGUGCAUCCAGUAGUGCUUGUGGUGAUACUUCUGAUGUUUCUAUGCAUGGUUGAUGACUUCAAAGGUGUCAAUUGUCCAAGAGGGAAGAGCCAAGAAGCACGACCUUUGGAGUUUGUACAAGUUAUGCUUGGAAUUUAGACAUUGGUUACCUUUCUCUUAUUAGUUUGAACUUAGAACCAUUUGUUUUGUAAUGAAUAUUUGGAUUUGGAAGAACUUGAUGCAAUGUAAUGU